UAGAUCUGAUGGAUGGGUGAACUUUGUUGGCAGAGAAAGAUCAUGGGGAGAGGAAAGAUAGUGAUAAGAAGGAUUGAUAACACAACAAGUAGGCAGGUGACUUUCUCUAAGAGAAGGAAUGGACUUCUGAAGAAGGCUAAGGAGCUUUCAAUCCUUUGUGAUGCUGAAGUUGGCCUUAUCAUCUUCUCAAGCACUGGUCGUCUCUAUGACUUCUCUAGUUCCAGGUUUCUAUAUAUUUCUUUCUUCUCUCUUUCUUUUUGGCAGAGGGAGGCAGCAAGCUUGAGGCAACAACUGCAUAACUUGCAAGAAAGUCAUCGGCAAUUACUGGGAGAAGAGCUUUCUGGCCUAAACAUUAAGGAUCUACAAAAUCUCGAGAACCAACUCGAUAUGAGUUUACACAGUGUGAGAAUGAAAAAGGAGCAACUUCUGAUUGAAGAAAUUGAAGAAUUAAAGCAGAAGGGAAAUCUACUCCAUCUAGAAAACGUGGAACUCUACAAGAAGAUUUAUGACGUAAGACGCACAGGAGUUGACAAUGCCCCAGUUAUUCCACAUGGGUUCAGUUUUAUGGAGAACAGAGAUGUCCGAGUUCACCUUGAACUAAGCCAACCACAACAUCAAAAGGAUCGCGUGCAACCAAGGUCUUCAAAAUUGAGGUGAUCUUAAAUGGAAUUCAAAACCUAGUACUUGAAGAAGCUUAAAGCAGGAUUGAACUAUGUGAUCAAGAACUAAAAACAAGGUUAUGUUUUAUUACUUCACAAUGAACUCGUACACUAUUUAAGUAUGAUUUGGUUUGUAAACAAGAGAAGCAAUGACAACCGAGUGCAAUCACUUAUUUGUGGCAACAAUAUAGCACAAUAACCAAGAAGUAUGUAUUGUUCAACUGCAGCAAUGAUGUGAAAACUGAUUAUUUGCUUCACUAUAAUUGUAUCUUCAGAUUACUAAUACUGAGUCAUGAUUAUUCUGACGCACAUGAGGUGUCAAAGAGAGCUGGAUCAUAAAAAUGGUCAUGGCCAUAGAUGAAAAUGCAUCUUAACAAGUCUCAUGUUGCAGAAGGACAAAAGAUUACAAAAUCAUAUGGAUGAAAAGAGGCAUUCCAAAGGAAAUAGCAAUGAGUUUCUUUGAAUCUACCGACAAUUUCUUACAGUAUUGCUAUAAAGGAAAACACCACAAGAUGCACAAUGAGACAGUAAAUGGCCACAGGUUUCCCAAAAUAUUUAUUUACUUCCCAGUGAAAUUACCAACUUGUUAAUGCCAAAAUCCAAAGACUGUCCUUGAAAUUUCAAAAAAGACUGAAACAGGCCUUCAACAAUAACUAUCUAGAAAUACUACAAUAUAUGUUUAUAUGAAAAUCCUGUUCUAGUUCUGUGAUUCUAGAGUGAUUCCAACUUUUCAAACAACAUAGAAGCCACCCAGCAACCAUAACUCCAUGUUAUCCCAUUAUCUCAAAAUAACUACAAUAAAUACCACCACAGCAAUAACUAUCACUCUUCUAGCAUCACAAAAUUGCCCCAUUUUGUCUACCAAACUAUAAGUAUACCAGCCCAAUAAUAAUCACACUAAGUUGGCCCGGCAUUUCUAAAAUAUAUACAAGAAUGAAAUUCCAUCAAUAAUUACCCCCGGUACCUCUCAAUAGCAUGCUUGCCCCAGUUUUCAAAAAAUAAAUAAGUAGAUAGAUAAUCAUAAAAAUCUAAUUAAAGUCAUCACACACUAACACAAUAUUUAAGCCAUGUAUUUAGGUUCACAAUCCUUUUAAGGAAAAUUUCAAGGUCAACAACCCAAGGUGUGAUACAACAGCUUCAUUUGGAAUUAUUAGAAAAGCCUACCCAAGAUCUCUAACCUCUAGUCCUUCAACCGCCUCUCAAAGCACAGAAAUGACAUCCGCAAAGCAACAUGAUGAAUAAGCAUAAAACAAAUAGCAAAUGGUUGACUUAUAUUUUGCAGUUCACAUGCCAAGAUAUGCUCUUCCAAAUAUUAAGGGUAACACAAAUAUCUUAUUUCCUUCUGAUUGCAAUCAUUUAACAAAUACAACGAAUUAUACAUUAAGUGGUGUCUCCACAACUUGGUAUCCUCCACAUGACCAAUGAAUUAAACUUUGUCCCAAUCAUAUAAACCUAUCUUGCUCAAAAGUUCUUUGUGAAUCUGUAAUUUGUAAGAAUAUUCUAGAAGAUGCCAAAUGUCAGAAUAUCAAUACCAUUCUUUUUUAAGCAAAGUUAAACCUUUUAAAUAAAAGUGGAUAAACCACUACUUUAUUAGAAAAAGACAGAACAAGCAGGAACACAACAAACCACAAAACACCCCAAACAAGGAAAAAAACAACAGAACCAAAAAAACAAGGACAAACUAUUCUUACAAGGGUAUGUUAGUUGAUUAUGGGGCCUCUUCGAUUAAGCACUAAGGCAAUUUAAGAACCAUCAGUAAGUUUUGCGACAAAAACAGGUAAACUGCAAAUAGUGAAUGCUUUUGUAUAAUCAUGAUUGUGAGAUCUAUUCCAAUACUAACAGUCACAUGUGGAGCUGAAGAGUUAGAAAACAGCAGAGCAUGCUUCAAGCUGUAAAGCCACCAUUUUCGGACUUUAAUGUUUCUUCAGAAAAUGUAGAUCAUUUGAUAAUUAACCUAUGCAUAGCGAAAAUCAACAAUUACACUUCAUUUAUGUAUUAAUUUUAUAAUUUCCUCCAACAUUGUAUGCCAUCAUCUUCUAGCCCAAUAGAAGUCCAUACAUAAACUCCAUAACAGUACCCACAUCAACAAUAAACUUAAUUGAUUAAAAGAACAUAGUUCUGCCAUUAUCCUGGAAUCACCUCUACAUCUCAGGAUAUUAAAAAUUAUACUAUAACCAGAUGCCGAUGAUGCAUUAAUCAUCAAAAAGAUUUGAAGGCACUGAAGUGAAAAUGUAUUUAAACUACGAUUUUUAAGAGAUAAUGCCAAAAUAUGUUGCCUUGGCAUAUCUUAAACUGGUGUUCUAAAAUAUCAUUUCCACACAAUAUAAUCAAAAACAUAAAGAAAACACUCAAAAAAUGCCAAUCAAUCCCCAUUUUUGACUUUAACUAUUUCUGAGCACCCCAAUUUAAUAUUUUUAUUGACUACUUAUGAACUGAAUUCAAUAUUUAAAAUGAACUCAAGCUGAU